UUCCAUUGUCUCUCUUUCGCUUUUCUCUCAAUCAAGGAGGUUCUCAACAACUGAAUUACGCAUACACAACAAGGAGAUGUCCACGGAAGAGAUCAGAAAGAACCAGAAGGCGUUCUCGCAGGCUCUUCACGGUGAAAACGCCGGUGCAAAGACGGGUCUCAGUGCCCUGUUGUCGAAGAACAAAGCAGCUCAGGAGGUUGCCGUUGCAGACUACUUGAAGCAUUGGGAUGGUAAAGUUGAUAAGGAUGCCGAGGAGAAGCGUCUUGAGGACUACAACCAGUCCACUCACUCGUACUACAACGUUGUGACCGAUUUCUACGAGUACGGAUGGGGUACCUCGUUCCAUUUCUCAAGAUACUACCCUGGGGAGCCAUUCAGACAGGCCACGGCCCGUCAUGAACACUACCUGGCUUCUAAGAUCGGUAUCAAAGAAGGCUGGAAAGUAUUGGACGUUGGCUGUGGAGUCGGCGGGCCAGCUCGUGAAAUUGCGAGAUUCACUGGUGCUCAUAUCACAGGUUUGAACAAUAACGAUUAUCAAAUCGAAAAGGCCUUCUACUAUGCCAAGAAGUUCGGCUUGGAGAAGCAGAUGAACUUUGUCAAGGGUGACUUCAUGAAGAUGGAUUUUGAGCCUGAGUCCUUUGACGCAGUCUAUGCCAUUGAAGCCACCGUCCAUGCCCCAGUAUUGGAAGGAGUCUAUUCAGAAAUCUAUAAGGUUUUGAAACCAGGUGGUGUCUUUGGUGUCUACGAAUGGGUUAUGACCGACAAGUACGACGAAUCAAACCCAGAGCACAGAAAGAUUGCCUAUGAGAUCGAAAUCGGUGAUGGUAUUCCAAAGAUGUACGACAUCACCGUUGCAAGAAAUGCAUUGAAGAACGUUGGUUUUGAAAUCGAGUUCGAGCAGGACUUGGCUGACAUGGGAGAUGCAAUCCCAUGGUAUUAUCCACUCACUGGUGAAUGGAAAUACGUUCAAUCCCUUUAUGAUUUGGCAACUUUUGUUAGAACCUCAUCUCUCGGUAGAAAAUUCACCACUGCAAUGGUUGGCCUAAUGGAAACAGUUGGAAUCGCACCAAAGGGCUCUCAAAAGGUCACGUUGGCACUGGAAGAAGCUGCUGUCGGUUUGGUUGAAGGUGGAAGACAAAAGCUGUUCACCCCAAUGCAACUCUUUGUCGUUAGAAAACCAUUGAACUGAUAGCGUAUUCUCUUUCCUAUGGACCAAUUGCUAUUACUACGGGGCUCUAUACCCAACCAUAUGGUUGCACAGCAUUAUAUAAUGGGACUUAAAUAUACAUAAAGUGCAUUU